ACGCAAAACCUCAUAAAUAAGAAUGGAAGUUUGCCACUUUUAACUUUGCAAAAUAGUUUAUUAUAUUAUGUGCUAGUUUAUGAACAAAUUUAAUAAAUUUAGUCAGGAUCUCGAUCGGAAUUACGUUUGAUUUUUACAGUUUGUUGUCGCGACUGACCUCAAAAUUUGGGCCUAAAAAAUGAUACUGCAUGCAACUAGGGUGACCAUCACCCGAACAGAGGCAAUAAAAUACCGCAGAUCAAAUACCGCAAAUUGCAACACGUGCGAGUUUCGCUCUCUCUUUCCAAAUAAUAAAUAAUUUAUUAUUCGAUUUCUGCGGUAAAAUAUACAAUGUUAAAGGUUAAAAGGAACCCAGGGAAGGCGCCGCGGACAGCGAAAUCAAAACCAAAAUCCGCUAGAUCGGACUCGGUUCUGGAUCUGAAUUCCGCUGGCGAGGAUCACAGUGACCAUGAGCAGCCCACCGCCAGCAGUGACGAUGGCUUCGAGGAGCCCACGCUCUCCAAAAAGACUCCACUGCCAGCAGCGACCAACAUCUCCAACCCAGCGAAGAAGAACAAGUUCAGGCAGAAUGAUCCGUCCAAAAAUGUUAAGCCGCCGACGCUAGAGGAGAUGAAGGAGCUGCGCGAUACCCGCAAUCUGUUCCACUCCAAUCUCUUCAAGCUCCAGGUCAAGGAAAUGCUGGAGGAGCUACAGCUAAAAUCCAAGUACACGGACUUCAUUGAGAGCUGGCUGGAGUCCUUCACGGCCUUCACCCGCCAGCUGAAAGACGGGCUGAUGGAGCGAUCGGAAUUGGAGGUGCCCCUGAGUCUGCCCCAGAAGGCGUCGGGCUUUAUUUUCUCCAAACCCACCAGGGAACCCUUCCUAAUAGGUGCCGCCUCCACUGGCACGCUGCUGGGCCCCAAGAUUGUGGUGGACGUGGCCCUGGAAAUGCCGAAGGAGAACCUUCAUAAAGAGGACUAUCUUAACUUGCGCUACGACCAAAAGCGGGCUUUGUACCUCACCUAUGUGACGGAGAGGAUGCGGGAGUCUUCGGAAUACAGCCAGGAUCGAUUUGCCUUCAACUACCAUGCCAACAAUCCACUCAAGCCCGUUCUGGAGCUAACGCCGGUGGCUAAGCAAGUGACAAAGCAUCUCCAGAUUCGCCUCUUCAUCACUGCCCCGCUAAGCAGCUUCAAGCCGGGCCGGUUUGUGCCCUGGAACAACAACAUACGCCCCGCGUUCUACGGCGACGAAUGGGACGAAGGCGAGGAGCCGCUGCCCUCCACACAGCACUACAAUGCCAACGUCCUGUUUGAUCUGACGCUGGCCGAGAAUCAGGCUCACCUCGAUAAGGCCUUCAAGGGCAGACGCAACUUUCAGGACGGCCUUCUGCUGCUUAAAGUCUGGCUGCGUCAGCGGGAGCUAGACGUUGGUUACAGCGGCUUUGGCUCCCACAUCCUGGCCGCCUUUAUUGUCUACCUCAGCCAGCAGAGGAUCCUGCAUCAGUCGAGCAGCAGCUACCAGGUGGCGCGCACCGUAUGGAACCAGCUAGCUAACACGGACUGGACAAGCGGCGGCAUUAGUCUGGCGCCCGCUUCAGUUCAAAAGGAGGAUGCGAGCAAGAAGUCGGCCAGCUUCUAUGAUGUCUGCUUCAUGGACAUCACUGGCCAGUACAAUCUGUGCUCCAAUUUACCGUUAUCGCUCUAUCAGAGAGUCCGAGCGGAGGCCAAACUGGCGGUGGAUUUGCUCAACGACAUGAAGCUCAACAGUUUUCCGCACAUCUUCAUGCAAAAGUGUCCGCUCUACAGCCGAGUGGACAAUAUCCUCAAGAUCACCAACUAUUCGUGUAUCAAUCAGAUGCUCAUGCUGCACUCCCAACCCAGAUUCAAGUACGAUUAUGCCAAAUAUGGACAUCCGCAGCUUUUCCAACUGCUGACAGAGCUCCUUCAAAAGGGACUGGGUGAGCGUGUCCAGGCCAUUCUACCUUUGGAAACGGCAACAACUGCUUGGUCUGUGGACGACAAAGCUCCCGUGAUUGGCAAGCACAUUCAACUCGGAUUGAUACUCAAUCCUGAGCAUGCUUACGAGGUCUUGAACAAGGGUCCAGCUGCCAACGAGGAUCCCGAGGGAGCCGCCGAGUUUCGACGGUUUUGGGGCGAUAAAUCAAAUCUGCGACGUUUUCAGGACGGCAGCAUCACCGAGGCCGUGGUCUGGGGCACUGCGCAGGAUUCACCUUCCAAGAAACGGCUGAUUGUACGCCAGAUUGUCCUGCAUCUGCUGGAGCACCAUUUGCAGGUGGAGGGCAAGGAUGUGCAGUAUAUUGCCGCCGAGCUGGAUCAGGUCUAUCAGCUGUCUCCUUGGUAUAAGAUCAAAAAGCUUAAGACAAAGCUACCUCUGGUCCAGGACACGGACGCAGAGGCAGUGAGUCCGCACGUGAUACGCUGCUACGAUGAGUUGGCCCGGCAACUCCAUGGCCUGGACGAUCUGCCUCUGGACAUAGUCUCCAUAUCGGGCAUCUCACCCGUCUUCCGUUACUGUGAGCCGGAGCCCGUUCUGCCACAGGCUCGCCUUGUUGAUGGUCGCAUCCUUGCCAGCCAUGUACAGCGGGUGGUCAUUCAGCUGGGCCAGAGCGGCAAGUGGCCCAACGAACUGGCCGCCUUGCGUGCCUUAAAGAUGGCCUUCCUCAUCGAGAUCGGCGAGAAGCUGGAGGCGCAAUGCCUGCUUAAAUGGGCCAUCACCGCCAAAGGUCUCCUGGUGCUCAAACAGGGAUUCUGUUUCCUAAUUGAACUGGCCCACAGUAAGGAGUUGGCUCUGCUCAAGCAAGAGGUUACCGAAAAAGGCGUUACAACGUAUGUGGACAAUCCGGCCAGCCGACACUUGGAGCGUCAGCAGUACAUUCUGCCUAAGGUAACGGGCUCACUGCAUUCGCUUCAUCAAACGCACUCUGCCUUCGGUCCCACGGUGCUCCUGGCAAAGCGAUGGCUAGCCACCCAACUGCUGGACGAUGGGUUGUGGCCAGCAAUGGCCACCGAACUGUUGGUGGCGCAUCUCUUUCAGCAGCGUCACGCACCGCAGGCCAUAGUGGCGCCCCAAACAGGCUUUAUUCGAUUCCUGCAGCUGUUGGCGCACAGCGACUGGAACGGAGACCUCUUCCUGCUCAACUUUAACAACAGCUGGCAAGAACAACAAAUUGCGGAUCUGGAGCACAGCUAUCGGAGCGACCGUCAGAGUUAUCCUCCUCUGGUGGUGGCCACCUCCUACGACCAACAGCAUGUCGGUCGCCUGUGGACAUCGGAUGAGGCACCCAGUCAGCGAGUUUUGGGCCAUGUGACGCGACUUGCCCGACAUGCCCUCGAGAUCGUUGAGACGAGUUUGAUGUCAAAGGAUCUACGGUUCGUGCGUCCUGCCCAAUUGUUCCGAGCCUCCAACGAGGGCUACGAUUUGGUCAUACAACUCAAGCCGGAUCUGGUGCGCAAUAGCUUGUGCUAUGACCUGGGCUCACCAUUCGUGUCCUUUGGCCAGCCCAAUUUCGAGUUGCCUCGAGCGGGAGCAGAGAAUCGCGUGGCGGACAUUGUGAACCAGCUGAGGUCAGCUUACUCAGACUUUGCGGCCUUCUUUUACAAUCCCCAUGGCGGCAAGGAGCUGGCCAUAGUGUGGCGACCGCCUACUGAAUUCGCUCCCAAGCCAUUCAAGGUCACCGAAAUGCAAGGUUGCACACCGUGCGGCAAUGGUAAGGUCCAAGUGCUAAAGGAAACCCUGUUGGAGGACUUUAAACUGUUGCUAAAGGACUUUUACCUGCGCAUUUCCACUCCGGAGGAGUUGAAACGAGAGCAGCGUGAGCACCAGCAGCCCAGGCGGUACUUUAAUCACCCAGAGUCAUCGGGUGCUCCCCCCAACAAGCGGAAGGUGCAGAGUGAAAGCGACGAUGCCAAGCUGGAGAAACCCGUUAAAAAGAAGAAACAGCUCAUCAGAAAUUCCUCGGUUAGGAAGACUUCGAGUUAGUUUUAGGCAGGCAUAGAAAAGUAAUAGCUUUAUUUUUUAAGUUUUACAAAUAUAUUAAAGCUUAAUGAGUAUAAACUAAA